UACGGAAGCUGAAAGGGAUAAUGGUAAUAUGGCAAGAGUUGACAAGUAGUUAAGUGAAAUGAGGCAUAAUUAAGACAAACAUUUUCUUUUUCAUGCUUUCUUUUCAUAAAAAAUGUUACAUCAGUAUAUUAAUUAUUACAGCUAAUUAUUAUAACUAAUAAUAACUGCUUAUGGUUCUAGAAACUGUUCUAAGAACUUGGUAUUAGGAAAUGAAAUGUUACUCUUGUCAUUGUUGCUGUCAUAUUCAUUUUUUUUUGGCUUUAUUUUCUUGAUGUGGGUAGAUAGUAGUAUAAUAAAUUGUGGAGCAUGGUGAUAGUGGAAUGACUUGACUGACAGCUGAAUUUAAGGUGCCUUUAAGACAUCAGGAUGUAUAUGUCCAGUAUGUUGUUGGAUAUCUGAGUAGCACUAGGGAUGGAAAUUGUGUUGGGCUAUCAUUUGUAUGUUAGUGGUCUACAGGUAGUAAUCGAAAGUAUACGUAUAAAUGAAAUGAGUUAAUGUGUGUCUUUUGUGGUAAGAAACCAAACCUUGGGGAAUACUAAUUUGUAAGAGACUGGUGGAGGAAGAUAAUUUAAAAAAUUAAAUUGUCCAUGUCUUUCUUAAGAGUUUUAACUAAUGAUGUUGAGAAUAACGUUGUUUUACUGAAUGUCUAUUAUAAAUCUAGUGUAAUAAAGAGAUUUUUGUCUUUGAAUGUUUGGAAAAAUUUAUUAAGGAUAGUACCUGGUCAGGGAACUAAGAUCCCACAAGCAGUGUGAUCAGGAAUAAAAAAAAAAUUUUUUUAACUGAGAUGUAAUUUGAGAUGGACUGUAAAAUUCACCUAAUUAUAUAAUUUAGUGGAUUUUAGUAUGUUCAGACUUGAAACAGAAAAAUUUAUUAGAGACAGUACCUCGUAUUCCUGUAUGUUUCUGUUGCAUUCUCUGUUAAUGGUUUAUUGUUGCUUCGGUUGUAACAUUUUAUAUGUUUUUGGCUAGUGGUAAUUCAUUUAAUUUUAUGUUCCUUAACAUUUUUUUUUUAAUUUAUAAGUAUUUAUUGGCAUUUUAGAACAUGAAAAACACUUGAAUUACCCUAAAUAGGGGAUAAUGAAUGGAUUGGCAGGAUACACAGAGAAAUAAGGAAGAGAAGACUGUAUUUGUAGAGCCAGAUCUUGUGGAAGGAGAAAACAGGAAUCAUCAACACUAGGCCUUACAGAAAUCAGAAGUUAGUUCAGGACUCAGAAGGUUGCUGAGAAAAGGUGCAGCUCUGGCAUUUGGCUUACUUACAAGAUAAACAGCCAAACACAUGGAAGCUAUUAGAAGUAUCAUUCAUUAGAAGCAUCAUCUAUCAACUUGAAGAAAAAAAUUAUAUGUAAUUUUCAUUUCAAUAAGGUGCUGUAUAAUGUGUUAAAAGGAAAUUAUAAGGAAUGAUUUUGUCAAAUUCUAUGAGUUAUGGUGGCUGAAAGAUCAAAUGUUUCUUGUGGGAAAGGAAAUAAAUGCCAGCACAAAAGGAAGUCUUUAUUAAUAGAGUAUUUUAUUAAACGGACGUGGUUAAAUAAGAACUUUAAAUCAACAGACUCAGCAAACAAGAAAAGAAACGUGUUAGCUGUAAGACAUGUUUCUAAUGAAUCAAAGUCCAAUAACUGUAGACUUCAGAAGAAAAAAAUUUUCAAAAACUUUGUCAAAACAGACAGGUCAGUGAUAAAUAACUUAUCCAGUCAUAGGGCUAGGCCUGAAAACAAAUUUAAUUGAAAUAUUAACAAAACAGAUCAAACUUGAAUUAAAAUUUUUGUCAUAAAAAGUUCUGAAAAUAUCAGCUUAGAUUUUAAUUUUUCUCAAAUAUCUAUUGCCUUGUCCAAAGUAAAGCAAAUAUUAUUCAGCCUUCAUGCCGUAAGGAUGACAGAAAUCUUAGCAGACUAGUACUUUUGUUGAAAAUGUGUACCACUAUCAGUUGAAUUUUUUAGACCUGCUGAGAAAUAAUACUAGACAUUCAGCAUUUAUUAUUUACUAGGACACAAAAAUUUCAAAAAUACUCAGAAAAGGAGGACCUUACUCAGGAAUGAUGUCCAUUCAGGAGAAAUCAAAAGAAAAUUCCUCCAGUGUUAUUAAAAAGAAUGAAGAUAAGAAUUUAGAAACACAAGUUCAAGGUUCUCAAAAAAAUCUAGCCAAAAAAUCAGAUCCAAAGGAAGCUAUAAAAUCACUGGUUAAAUCUCCAAAUGAAAGUAAAGUGAAUCAGCCUGAAUUAGGAGCAUGCAUGAGCACAAGGUCAGCAUCCACUGAUAAAAGAGCUAGUAAAUCUACUAAUAAAAAUAUGGUGACUGUAAAGGGACAUUCACAACAGGAAUCUACAAAACAGAAGAAAAUAUCUCAGAAAAAACCAGUGCACGAAACCCCUAAAUCAAGUGAACAGCUCAACCGGAGAUCACAAAGACUACAACAGCUAACAGAGGUUUCGACAAGGUCUCUGCGUAGUAGAGAAGUUCAGGGUCAGGCUCAGGCAGUUAAACAGAGUUUGCUGCCAACAAAAAAAGAGCACUGUAGCAAUACUCAGAGUAAAUCUAAUAAAGCUAAAACAAAUCAGAAACAUGUGAAAAGAAAAGUAUUGGAAAUAAAGUCUGAUUCUAAAGAGGAAGAAAAUUCUGUAACUAAUGAAGCGAUCAAUUCCCCCAAAGGAAAAAAGCGCAAAGUGGAGCAUCAGACGGCUUAUACUUCUAGUUCUCAGUGCAUAAAAGGAUCUGAAAAAUGUCUGGAGAAUACUAGAAAAGAAGAAACAAAAUCUUCUUCUGAGAUAAAAAGAUCCAAAGUGACUACUUCAGUGGUCUCUAAAAAGAACGAGAUGAAGAAGUCAGUUCACACACAAGUGAAUAACAGUGCAAAAUCCCAAAAAAGUCCACAGCCAUCAGUGCCUGAACAAACUGUAGACAAUGGGCUGGAGCAAGCAGGAACAAGCAAACGCGGGAGCAUUCUCCAGCUCUGUGAAGAAAUUGCUGGUGAAAUUGAGUCAGAUACUGUAGAGGUAAAAAAGGAAUCUUCACAAAUGGAAAGUGUAAAGGAGGAGAAGCCUACAGAAAUAAAAUUGGAAGAGACAGAGACUGAAAGACAAAUACUUCAUCAGAAGGAAACGAAUCAGGACGUUCAGUGUAAUCGUUUUUUCCCCAGUAGAAAAACAAAGCCUGUGAAAUGUAUACUAAAUGGAAUAAACAACUCAACUAAAAAGAACUCCAACUGGACUAAAAUUAAACUCUCAAAAUUUAACUCUGUGCAGCAAAAUAAAUUAGACUCUCAAUUUUCCCCUAAAUCGGGCUUAUUACGAACCAGUUUUUCACUACCUGCGUUAGAAACGCAUCAGCAAGUGACGCAAAGUACAUUUUUAGGGUCAAAACCAUAUGGUGAUAAAAAUAAAGCUUGCCAGCAGGAAGAAACGAAAGAAGUUAAUUCUGAAGAUGUUAAACCUAAUGAUAUUGCAGUUGAAAUGAAUAAGAUCCCCAAAAAGGCUCCUGAAGGUUGUCAUUUGGGUAAUCAGAUAAAACCACCUCCUGACCAACCAUUGGAUAAGCAGAAGAAAGAUGCUUUUGAAUCAACACUGGAUAAGAAUUGCAGCCUGUGUUUGGAAUCUAAGCUUGAAAACAAUCCAGUGGAAAAUGCCACUACUGUCUCAACUCUGCUCAGUCAAGCAAAAAUUGAUACAGGAGAGAACAAAUUUCCAGGUUCGAUUCCCAAACAGCACAGUGUACUCUGUAAUCAGACAUCUAAGACGAGUGAUAACAGGGAGAUACCACCAAAUCAUUCUUGGCCCAAGUGUAAUUCCCAUUUGGAGAUAACAAUUCCAAAAGACUUGAAACUAAAAGAAGCAGAGAAAGCUGAUGAAAAACAGUUGAUCAUAGAUGCAGGACAAAAAAGAUUUGGAGCAGUUUCCUGUAAUGUUUGUGGCAUGCUUUACACUGCUUCAAAUCCAGAGGAUGAAACACAGCAUCUGCUCUUCCACAAUCAGUUUAUAAGUGCUGUAAAAUACGUGGGUUGGAAAAAAGAAAGAAUUCUAGCUGAAUAUCCUGAUGGCAGGAUAAUAAUGGUUCUUCCUGAAGAUCCAAAGUAUGCCCUGAAAAAGGUUGACGAGAUUAGAGAGAUGGUUGAUAAUGAUUUAGGUUUCCAGCAGGCUCCACUCAUGUGCUAUUCCAGAACAAAAACACUUCUGUUUAUUUCUAAUGACAAAAAGGUAGUUGGUUGUCUAAUUGCAGAACAUAUCCAGUGGGGCUACAGAGUUAUAGAAGAAAAACUUCCAGUUAUCAGGUCAGAAGAAGAAAAGGUCAGAUUUGAAAGGCAAAAAGCCUGGUGCUGCUCAACAUUACCAGAGCCUGCAAUUUGUGGGAUCAGCCGCAUAUGGGUGUUCAGCAUGAUGCGUCGGAAGAAGAUCGCUUCUCGCAUGAUUGAAUGCCUAAGGAGUAACUUUAUAUAUGGCUCAUACUUGAGUAAAGAGGAAAUUGCUUUCUCAGACCCUACUCCUGAUGGAAAACUGUUUGCAACCCAGUACUGUGGCACUGGUCAGUUUCUGGUGUAUAAUUUUAUUAAUGGACAAAAUAGCACCUAAAAUAAACUCAUGCCUACGGCAUCGGAAGACAUCUACUGAUGAGAAUGGAUUGGUUGUUGACUUAAACCAGGAACUAGGGCCAUUUUUAUUACAAUGAACUCAGGACUGGCAACAACCAGAAGGUUGUUCCAUUUUCAUAAAAUUGGAAAAAAAAUGAAGUAAUUGCUUAUUGUUGUUCUGUUUUUUAAAGAAGAUAUUUUAUUAUCUUUUACAGAAAUUUAUGAUUGAUGUAUUUUAUCUAUAGUUAUUUAGACAUGUUUACAUGCAGCAGAUAAUUGUUCAUAGUGGACUGAAAACUAAUGCAAGGACUAUGGUCUCAGUGAUAAGUAUAACUUGAAGUUCUUAACUGUGGCAAUAUACCAGUGUAGCUUGGUACUGUAUUUUUUUUAUAUUGAUCUGCUGAUACCAGUUAUAGUUUUAAAGAUUGUAUUUUCACAGAGUGGAAACCAAUGUUUUUACAUCAUUAUUCAAGAAGGGUGUGAGUUAUGUGUUUAGGAAUCAAAACUAAUUCUUAAAGGGUCUGAUACCUAUUUUAAGGGAAUCAUCACAAAAAAAGCAAAGCUCCUUUAGCAAGAGAGAAUUUGAAAUACUGAGUUUGUUCUUCUAUUUCUCUUUUUCUGCUUCUUGCUGUCAUCAAGAAGCAGAAGGUGGAAAAGAAUUGAAGCUUUCCUUCUUGGAGAACUACGAAUGACUGGAGUUAGAAUGGUGCCCUGUAGUUUAUUUAUUUGUUCAUUCUGGUUUCACUUUUUAAGAUAAACAUCAACUUGGCACACUUGGGCCAUUCGCAGUCCCACAGAGGUUCAUAGAAACCUGUGCGAUAGUUGCAAGCUAAAUACGUAUGAAUUGGUAUCUGCUUUGUUACUCCUCAGAAAUACUACACUGGGUAUAUGCCCUCAUUAUUGGACUUCAUUUUGAUACUUGUCUAUCCUUCAUAGUGCCCUCUACUUUUAAAGGGUUUAUAUGUUGAAAAACUGCUGUGGCCUUUUAUGACUUGUAUAUAAUGUAGAAUAAAAUAAUAAAAUACUUGAUAGCUUUUUCUAAGUGAUAAA